UCAUGGCAAGCGAAUCUGAACAGACGAAUGCACCCGAAAAAGAAAUUACAGACAUUCAAGAUUUAAGUGACGAAAAGCAGAACGAGAAAAAUAUCGAUAUCGAGAUGACGUCAAAGAAUCCGAAGAAGAGUGACGGAAAAUCAAUGAGUCCGAAGCCGAAGGAUAAAAAAUCGACGAUUCUGACAGACAAACAGUCGACGACGACGGAAUCGAAACGGGAGGAGAAAAAACGACCAAAGUUCUGCGAUGAGGAACCUUAUAUUGUGAAACUCUUUAAAAGUCUAAUAAAGGAAAAUCAGAAGAGCGCAGAGGAAAAGACGAAAUAACGUCCGAGGAAAAAAUGUUGAAACCGUAGUAAAAUUUCCAAUAAAAAAUGCACACAUUCACAAAAGCAGAGGGAUUAUUAUAAUAAAAAAAACUUCAUUACAUUUUUAAACUAUAAAUUUCAUAAUACAAAUUGUAAUUUUAAAUAUUUGCGCGGAAUCUUGCAUUUCGCAAAGGCCGUUUCGAUAAUAUAAAAACUGAUAUCUUGAUGCGAUAAUUACUUUCAUUGAUCGCAGAAAUUAAAUCCAAUAUCAAUUGGAAUAUUGGCACUCCACGUAGAUACUAGAUCAGUGCGAUGUCAGUGAUCGAACUUUAAGGCAGUCCCUAGAAUAUUUUGCAGAAUAUAAUAAAAACAACUUCUAAACACUCAAUAUUAGAGUACAACAUUAUUGAUCGUGCAAUUCUGCAGGCUAUACUGAGUUAACAUAUAUUGUACAAUUUCUAAAAUAUUAAGCUGUCUGUGAGUGCACAAUAAAACGCCAAUUUAUAAAUUUCUUGCGAACGGCCCUGUAAACACCCUGUAAAAUUUUUGUAUUAAGUUGUAGUCAUUUUGUUAUCUUUAAAUUCUAAACGUAAUUUAUGCUAUGCUUAUUUUUAAAUGGAACUGGAACGAGAUAUGAACGUUUUUGCAUACUCGAUGUUCAUUUCAUCAUCGUCAAGAUAAAUUAUGUUAUCAAAAAUUGUUAUCAUACAAUUACAUUAAUCUGCGUUCAUUCUGA